AUGUACCCCUCCAACAUGACGGUCUUCAUGCCUUCUGUGCUGACACUAAUUGGUAUCCCAGGCCUAGAGUCUGUGCAGUGCUGGAUUGGGAUCCCAUUCUGUGCCAUGUAUCUCAUAGGCAUGAUUGGAAAUUCUUUCCUUCUCUUUAUCAUCAAAGCAGAGCACAGCCUCCAUGAGCCUAUGUACAUUUUUGUAGGGAUGCUAGGAGCCACAGACAUUGCACUUGCUAGCAGCAUUAUGCCCAAGAUGCUUGGAGUCUUCUGGUUUCAUAUUCCAGAAAUCUACUUUGAUUCCUGCUUGCUUCAAAUGUGGCUUAUCCACACCUUUCAAGGUGUAGAGUCAGGCAUCCUGCUGGCCAUGGCCCUGGACCGUUAUGUGGCCAUCUGCUACCCACUGAGACAUGGGACCAUCUUCACCAACCAGCUGAUCACACAAAUGGGAGCUUUCCUAGUGGUCAGGGCAGCUGUUCUCAUAUCCCCAGGCAUAGUACUGAUAAAAUUUCAGCACCAGUUUCAGUUAUAUCACACAACAGUCAUCUCUCAUUCCUACUGUGAGCAUAUGGCCAUUGUGAAACUAAUUGUAGGAAAUGUCAGGGUCAAUAAAAUCUAUGGCUUGUUUGUGGCUUUCGCUAUUUCAGUGUUUGACCUCACAUUCAUCACAUUGUCUUAUGUACAGAUAUUUAUCACAGUUUUUCAUUUGCCCCAGAAAGAGGCCAGAUUUAAGGCAUUUAAUACCUGCGUCGCUCACAUUUGUGUGUUCCUCCAGUUCUACUUCCUUGCCUUCUUCUCUUUCUUCACACAUAGGUUUGGUUCUCACAUUCCCCCUUACAUCCAUAUCCUCUUCUCUAGCAUGUACCUGCUGGUCCCACCAUUUCUCAAUCCACUUGUUUAUGGUUUGAAGACCAAGCAGAUCCGCUUGAAUGUGGCAAAAAUGUGUUGUUCAUAA